AUGGCGUGGUCCUCACUACGGCAGCUUGCGAGGCAGGUCAAGGCGCUGGUGUGGAAGAACCUGGUGCUGCUGGUCACGCGGCACUGGCUAUCGACGCUGUUGCUGGCCGCCGUCGCCCCAAUCGCCAUUCUUGCCGUCACCCUCAACAUCAAGAACUUCGAGCCGGCCAAGAAGGGCUUUGGCGUCGGCUCGCCCGCGCCCGUGAUCGCUCUCCGCGACGCCAUUCCCGCUUCGCAGCGGCUGGUCAUCGUCAGGGCCGACAACCCGGACUUCGGCUCCGACAUUGACGAUGUCAUCAAGACCAUCACGCAGCCGCUUGCGCCCAGCCAGUGGUUCCAGGUCAGCAGCCGCCAGGAGGCCACUGACAGCUGCUUCACCAACUUCCGCGGCACGUCGGGCUGCUAUGCCGUCAUCACCUUCAACGACUCGCCCUUGUCCACCGUCCCGUUUCUGAACCACACCUGGUCCUACACGGUCCGCUUCGACCCCAUUCACGGCCAGGUGUACAGCGCCGAUGUCUUCUCCCAAGACAAUACCUACCAGAGAUACUGGCUGCCCACGCAGCUGGCCGUCGAGAAUGCCAUGACCAACUCCACCGAGGCCCCACUCACCUACAUGUAUACCACGCAAACGCAGGAGGAUGUGGACGCUGACCAGAGAAAACAAUACGCCAAGAACGUGAUCCGCAUCUUCGUCAUCGUCUUCUUCCUCCAUGUGGUGCCGUCCAUCUACCAUGUUGUCAACGUCAUCACCACGGAGCGCGAGAUUGGCCUCUCCCAGCUGGUUGAUGCCAUGGGCAGCGGUCCUGCCGCUCGCGUCGCCAGCCACAUCAUCGCUUUCAGCAUCGUGUACUUGCCAACGUGGCUUAUCUCUGGUGUUCUGUACUGGGACCUCCUCUUCCCCGACACAAAUGCGGCCAUACUCAUCUUCUGGCAGCUGUUUAGCAGCCUGGCCUUUCUCAACGCGUCCGUCUUCGCGGCAGCCUUCUUCAAGACGCGUAGAAUCUCGAGCAUAUUCGUCGUCAUCUGCUUCGGUCUCCUCGCCGCAGGCGCCAUGGACACGCUUAGCCAGAGGAUCCAGACGAGCAGCGUCUUGCCUCUGUCGCUCUUCUUUCCGGCCAUGAACUACAUCUAUCUUGUCUCUCAUGCAAGUUUCCCCGCCCGCCAUGCCGCGUCUAACCCUCCCGUCAACAUGUGUCAAACCUCGGGGCUCGAAUCGUUUGACCUCGAGCAGUCGUACUACGUCCCCGUGAAGACGUUCUGGGGGUUUCUAAUCCUACAGAUCUUCUUCUACCCGGUGCUGGCCAUCCUCGCCGAGCACUUUGUCCACGGCAUCAACCACAAGGGGCGCGCCAUGACGGCGACAGGAGACACGGAAUUCUCGGGGGGCGGCGACGCCGACUCUGGCGUGGCCAUCAGGACCACCGGGCUGGCCAAGGUGUAUACCCUGACGUGGCACAAGAACUGGGCCGGCUUCGGCAGGGACAAGAACACGGGGCUGCGGGCGCUGAACGGCGUCGACCUCGUCGCCCACAAACGCCAGAUCCUGUGCCUGCUCGGCGUCAACGGCGCCGGCAAGUCCACCACGCUCGAUCUGCUGUCAGGAUUCAAGCAGCCCACGGCCGGGACUAUGGACAUUGCUGCCAGUCCCUCGCAGCUUGGCAUAUGUCCGCAGCAAAAUGUCUUGUUUGGCCGGCUUACGGUUCUCGAGCACGUCAAGUUCUGGUCUCAGCUGAAGGGCGGGAGGGAAGACGCCAAUGCCAUGCACGAGCUGAUUGCAGCAUGCAACUUGUCCCACAAGACACACAGCCAGGCGGGCACGCUGAGCGGUGGGCAGAAGCGCAAGCUGCAGUUAGCGUGCAUGUUUGUCGGGGGCACCACGGUGUGUCUGAUGGACGAGGUGACGUCUGGACUGGACCCGAUAUCCCGGCGCGCCAUUUGGAACAUUAUCCUGGCGGAGCGCUCCAAGCGGUCUAUGGUCUUCACGACGCACUUCCUCGACGAGGGCGAGGUGCUGGCAGACCACAUCGUCAUCCUCUCGAAGGGCCAGAUCAAGUGCCAGGGUCCGGGCAUCGAGCUUAAAAACACUUACGGUGGUGGCUAUCGCGUCUACGUCCCCCUCGAGUCGGCACACGGGGGCGUCAAGGGUAUCGACGCCCCGUGGACGCUUCACCAGGACCAGAUGGUCUACCAGACGCCCGAUUCGCGCUCGGCGGCCCAGAUCGUGUCGCAGCUCGAGGCGGCCGGUCACUCAAACGUGCAAGUCGCCGGGCCCACGGUUGAAAACGUGUUUCUGCACGUGGCCCAGGCCGACGUGGAGGCACAGGAGCUGGCGCUAGCGCUAGGGCACCAAGACGAUGAAAAGGGAGUGGACAUCAACAACAGCAACACCAUCAAGGGCGCGGCGCCCAUGCUGCUCCCCGGGCAGCAGCUCAGCUCGGGGAGGCCGACGUCCUUCUUCCAGCAGGUGCGGAUCCUGAUGAUGAAGCGGAUGCGGGUGCUGCCGCGGUACUGGGCGUCUGCGUUCCUGGCCCUGUUGUUGCCGAUCGCGCUAAUGCCCGGCAUCAAUACACUGAUCAAGAAGAGUUUCAUCCGGCCCUACUGCGUCAACCACAACAACCAGUGGAGCAUUUACGAGCCCGCCAACGUCAGCCUCUACAGCUUCUACUACUACAGCCCCGACUUCGAGUAUGUGGGCAAGCACAUGCCCUUCGGCCCACCCUCUGCGGUGUCCGCGCUGCGCGACGUGCUCAGCAAGUUCCCCGUUGGCUAUGAGUACAACAUGUCGUACUUCGACGCAGACUUCGACGUCUACGACACGCUCGACGAGUUCCAGGCCAAGAUCCACAAAGAGCACCCCUUCGGCCAGGCGCAGCUGUUUAUCGGUACCGACGGCAAGCCCACGACCAUCGCCCAGAACUCGCAGACGAGCAUCGAGGGCGCCAUGAUCUCGCUCAACCUGUACACGUCCAUCCGCAGCGGCUUCCACUUACAUCCUGGUGAGAAGCUCUCCCCACCCUUCUUCCUCACCCACCAUGCAACACUGACAUCACGCUGCUACGGCCAGUAUGCCUCUCUGAUCAUGGCCCUCUACCCGGCCUUCUUCGCGCUGUACCCGGCGUUUGAGCGCGUGCAGAAUGUGCGGGCGCUGCAAUUCUCCAACGGCGUGCGGCCGCUGCCCAUGUGGACGGCCUACUUCUUGUUCGACCUCGCCUUCGUGACUGCCGUGUCAAUCGCCUUCACCAUAACCGUCAGCCAGCAGUUUCCUCUGUGGUGGGGCUACGCAUAUAUGUUCCCGGUGUGCCUGUUGCACGGAAUCACGGCCAUCGUACUGGCCUACAUCGUCAGCCUGCGCGCCUCGUCGCAGCUGUCGGGCUUCCUGUGGGCCAUUUGCUUCGCGCUGCUGAGCUGGUUUGCCAUGGUGUUGGCUUAUGUCCUACCCAACACGAUAUCCGACGCGAUCAACGUGCAGCGCAACGCCGACAUCGUGGCCUACACGCUCGGACUCUUGUUCCCGAUCGGCAACGUGAUCCGCGGCAUGGCGGUGGGCUUCAACAUGUACCAGCUCGCGUGCCGCGACGACGGCGCCGCGGCGACGCCCGGCAGCUGGUGGGGCUACGGCUUCCCGAUCACUUACCUGAUCGUGCAGGCCGUGCUGUUCGGCGCCCUGCUCGUGUGGCUCGACAGCGACCUGUCCUUCUCGCUGCUGCUGCCGCGGCGCGGCCCGAGCAGAGGCGGUGCUGGCGGCGCCGCAGCUGUCGCUGCCGCUGGGAGAUACGGCCCGCUGUCAGACGACGAUAUCGAGCUUGCCCCCGGCGGCAAGGCCGGCGCCUUCACAAAAUCGUCGCCGCGAGACCUCGUGCGCAUGGUCCACGUGUCCAAGACGUUCGGGGGCGGCGGCGUGCCGGCCGUAGACGACCUGUCGCUGGGGCUCGGGCGGGGCGAGAUCCUGGCACUACUGGGACCCAACGGCGCGGGCAAGACGACGGUUGUUGACAUGAUGCGCGGCGAGCUGCGGCCGACGCGUGGUGACAUGUUCGUGCGCGACAUGUCGGUGUCGCGGCACCCGCGCGCCGCGCAGCAGGCCACAGGCGUGUGCCCGCAGUUCGAUGCCCUCGACCUCCUCACGGCGCGGCAGCACCUGGCCUUUUAUGCGCGCAUCAAGGGCGUGCCGGCCGCGGAGCUCGACGCCAACGUCAACACGGCGCUCGCGCGCGUCGGGCUGGCUGAGCACGCCGACAAGCAGGCGGCGGCGCUGUCGGGCGGCAACCGCCGCAAGCUCAGCCUGGCCAUCGCGCUGAUGGGCAACCCGGCUGUGCUGGUGCUCGACGAGCCCAGCAGCUCCAUGGACGCGGCGGCCAAGCGCGCCAUGUGGAGCAUCAUCCGGUCCGAGAUGGCGACGGCGAGCGGCGAGGACUCAGCGGGGGGCGGCCGGGCGCUCCUGCUGACGACACACUCGAUGGAGGAGGCCGACGCGCUGGCCACGCGCGCCGCCAUCCUCAGCCAGGGCCGGCUGCUGGCGAUCGGCACGACGGGCGUGCUGCGCCACGCGUACAGCAGCGUGUACCACGUGCAGCUGCUGCUGGCGUCGGCGCCGCACUCGCCCGAGCACGAGAUGCACGCCGUCGAGGACUGGGUGCGCGCCGAGUUCGCCCACACCACCUUCGAGGGCCCCAGCCUCGGCGGCCAGGUCAAGUUCAUGGUGCCCGCGUCUGGGAGUGUCAGCCAUCUCAUUUCGGUGCUCGAGGCCCACAGGGACCAGCUCGGCCUGCACGACUACUCGAUCGGCGCGCCAACGCUCGAGAGGGUGUUUUUAAGCGUUGUUAAGGACAGCUAUGUCGAGGAGGAGGGGAAGCAGAGGCGAAAGGGGCUGACUGGGCUUUUGGAUUUCCUUGGCUGGAGACGUUCGCAGAAAGAAUAA